AUGACUGUGCUCGUCUUGUGCGUUGCAUUUGUGUGGUUCUUGAAGCAAGUGCAGGUUGCAUUCUUCUCCGACUUGUCACCUAUCCCCAAUGCACACUUCACAGUUCCACUCUCACGUCUAUGGAUUCUCCAUAAGAGAUGGAAGAACCGUCAAAACCGAGCGAGAUUGGCAGCACACCAGAAGCUCGGUCCAGUGGUGAGAAUAGGGCCGCGCGAACUCAGCGUCAACUGCAUUGACGAUGGGGUGCGAACUAUCUACGGGAGUGCUUUUGACAAAGAUGCGUGGUAUGCCAAAGCUUUUCGCGGUCAUGAGAAGCCAUACAUGUUCACAAUGAUAUCGAGUAAAGCGCACGCGGAACGAAAAAGGAUGUUUGCAAAUGUAUACUCGAAGUCUUACAUUCAAAAGUCUUCCAGGUGGUCUGAGAUGGCUUACACUAUCAUUUCGGGUCGAUUGAGGGAUGAGAUGAUAUCCUGGGCUGACAGCGACAUCGUGGUAGAUGUGUUGGAGAGAAGCAAGGCUUGUCUGAUGGAUCUGACCUCCGCGUGGAUCUUUGGUCUCAAACAUGGAACCAAUUUCAUCCAAAAUGUCAAGGAGGCGGAGGAGUUCUUUACACCUUUCAGAAGAACUUUCGGUGGAUUCUUUUGGCGCACCCUAGAGCAGACGUUGUCCAUGGAACUUCUAGACCAUAUGGUAGCCGGACACGAUGCCACUGGCAUCACUGUAACAUAUCUUCUCUAUGAGAUUUCCCAACGCUCGUCUCUCCAAAGAAGACUCAAAAUUGAGAUCCAAGCACACUGGAAAAUUGGCCAAAAGAAUUGUGCAGAGCAAUUAGAAAAACUCCCUUUGUUAGAUGCCGUCUUAAUGGAAACCCUCCGUCUCUACUCCGCAAAUCUAGGUCCCUGGCCUCGUGUUGCACCGUCAUCUAUCCGACUUGGAAAGUUUUCUAAUAUUCCGAAAGGGACGAUCAUCAGUGCCUCAAGCUAUGCUUUGCACAAAAAUGACAAGGUAUUCCCAUGUCCCGAGAAGUGGCUUCCUGAGAGAUGGCUGGAUGCUAGUGAGACGCAGCGAAAGGAGAUGAUGCGAUGGUUUUGGGCCUUUGGAAGCGGUUCCCGUAUGUGUAUAGGAUCCCAUCUUGCAAUUUAUAGUAAGUCUCCCGUCUCCUGUGCCUCAAGUGGAGUCCUUUCAGCUAAUGCAGUCCAGACAUGA